UUGAAAGCAUGUUCAAAGGUGGAUGAAAUCCAGCAACGUGGUAGUUCUUUUCGGCCUGAUCUUGCUAGGGUUUAGUCCUUGACGUGCAAAGAAAAAAAAAAGUGUGCAAACAAUUUUUCAAUUAAAUUUCAUCAGCCGUUAAUUAAAUAAAACAAAAAAUAUGGAGACUGUUGCAGCUGAUCCUCAGUGGGUUGAAACAUUUAUGUCAAUUUCAAAAGAAGAAAUCGAUUCUCCAGCCAAAAUAUCUAAAUAUUUUAAUUCAGAUGCAGCAAUCACAAAAGUACAUGAAGCUAUCAAUGGUAAUCAAAAUAAUCAUCAUAAUAUUACUGAUGAAUUCAUACUGCAACAAAGAAUUAAACAUGAUAAAAAAAUUUCAAAGCAGCGUGAAAUGCGUAUGGCACGUUUGGAUACACAUCUCGUUGUGUAUCCAAAACUUGAAACAAUUUGUGGAGAUUGGAGAAAUGAUUUCAUUGAUUCAGGUUUUACAACAUAUACGUUUCGUGAUUAUACAAAUAAAUGUCAUAAAAAUGAUCCAGAUGAUUUAAAAUAUAUGAUUAAUCUUUGUGGAUGUAAUUUGACAAAGCUAAAUAUAUAUGGAUAUGCUUAUUCUGAUAUAAUGCCAUUGAUUAAGAAUAAUUGUACAAAUCUCGAGCAACUUACGUUGAUAUUUAAAGAAAUAGAAAGUAAAGAUUUUGAAGAUGUUUUUUCUAACAUGUCUCAUCUUAAAAGAUUAACAAUUUACUGGAAAUGUGAAGAUCCAACUUUACCAAUGGCUUUGGUCGAAUCAAUUGAACAAGUUUGUGAAACUUUGACAACGUUUGUAAUUUCAUGUGAAUCUAAACAAGUUUAUCCUUUUGGAUUACCAGAUUCAUCGAUUGAGAUAUUUUCUCAAGCAAACGAAGCUUUAAUGACUACAGUUGGGAAUAUGAAAAAUCUCAAGCAUUUAAAAAUUCGUUGGGCUUAUGGUGUUACAGAUGAAUUCUUGAUAAAUCUUGUUGAUAAUGCUAAGAACUUGAAACAUCUAUGUAUAAGUGGUUCACGUAUAACAGAUGAGGGUAUAAUUGCACUUAAUAAAUUAAAUAAAUUAGAAUCAUUUAGUCUUGAUGCAACACAAUCAAGAAAAGAAAAUAAGUUGAUCACUGAUGAGUCAAUUAAAGGUUUAUUAAGCAAAACAAUAGUAAACUUUGACAUAUCGAAAUGCAUUCAAGUCACUAACGACUCAGUGAUUGAACUUGUUAAGCAUUUACCAAAUAUAUUAACUUUGGAUGUCAGGUAUACACAAGUAGACUUGUCAGGUAUCUUGGAAAUAGCUACAUGUGUAAAAAAUCGUAAACACAUGUUAACGAUAUAUACUUCUUUUGAAAUUAAUGGUGAUAUUGUCCAAAUAUUACGUAGAUCAAACGUUGUAUGUAAAUAUGUAAUAGUUACGGAUUACUUGGAUGAAGAUUAAUCUACUAAUUAUCAUUAUUAUUGAGUGUAUUUUUUCAUGGACAUGUAUAGUUUAAUUUUAUUUAAAAAAAAUA